AUGCCUAGGUCCGGGAACCAUAAAACGAAUAAUGCCCGCCACGCGCGUACGACUUCCUGGUCGAGUGGCUACCAUCUGACCCAAGGCGCAGCGCAAUCCUCCGAGAAUCCAGGCCGUCGUCGACGCGAGUCCAACACCUCCCUCGCCAGCGUUGAAGAAGCCUCCUCUCCCCCGAGCUCCCUCGACGAGCCUCCCGAUACCAUGCUCAAGAACACUUCAAUGGAUAUGAGCCACAAAAGCCAUGUGCACAUCCGCUCCGUUAGCCAGGGCCAGGCGCAGGUCCAAGCCUUGCGAGAGCAAGAGCUGCCAGCCGCUCCUGCGCCUCGGCCCGCGCCUGUGACGUGGAUGUCGCUGCCGCACAAGGGCCAAUUGGCGCUGUUGGGCCUAUGUCGAGUCUUCGACUUUUUGCAAAUCGCCUCGCUCCAGGCUUAUAUGUUCUACCAACUCAAAUCGUUCGACCCGAACCUCUCCGACUCAGACGUUGCGACACAGGCGGGUAUUUUGCAGGGUGCUUUCACUGCCGCUCAGUUUGCGACGGCCAUUCCGUGGGGCCGUGUUGCGGAUGCUGAGUGGGGUGGGCGCAAGUUUGUUCUGCUUGUUGGUCUUGUUGGUACCGCAAUGUCGUGUUUGGGUGUUGCGUAUUCGACGUCAUUCGCGCAGGCCGUGUUUUGGCGCUCGUUCGGUGGUGCCAUUAACGGAACAGUCGGAAUCAUCCGAACUAUGAUUGCAGAGAAUGUCAAGGAGAAGAAGUAUCAUUCACGAGCUUUCUUGAUUUUGCCUAUUGGCUUUAAUGUGGCUUCGUUGUUUGGACCUGUCAUGGGUGGUAUGCUAGCCGACCCUGUUAAGAGUUACCCUCGCCUCUUCGGUCCCAACUCUUCAUUCGGGGGUGAGCACGGUGUCCAAUGGCUCGAGACAUACCCUUACGCGCUGCCAAUGUUCGCAAACUUCUGCUUCCUCUCCUUCACUGCCGUCUUGGUUGCGUACGGAUUGGAAGAGACUCUUGCAUCAUGCAAAGGAAAGCCUGGCUUGGGCACAUUUGCCAUGAAGUUGUUUUCGCGCAGCGUCAAGACCGUGGUUCCGUCUUCUUCCCCUCUGUACGAGAGACUUCCCUUCCGUGACGAUGAAGAAGAUGGACCCCUGCUGGGCAGGUCCAUGGAUCGCUCGGAAAGCUACGAGCUGGAGGAGAAGGCGCACAAGCCUGUGCGCCUGCAGCGAGUCCUGCCCUUCCGAAGAAUCUGGACUAAGAACGUCCUGUGCACACUUGGCGCGCAGGCAUUCUUCGAUUUCCAAAUGGGCGCCUUCAACAACCUCUGGCUACUAUUCCUUUCCACCCCCCGCUACGAUGCCAAUGAUCCCGCAAGUCCGGCCCAGAGCCUGCCAUUCGCUUUCACUGGUGGUCUUGGUAUGUUGCCCCAGAGCGUUGGUUUCGCAACUGCUAUUCUGGGUGUGAUUGGAAUGUUCCUCCAGUUCACCAUCUACCCAUCUAUCAACGGCCGUCUCGGCACAGCAAAGAGCUACCAGUACUUCCUCUCGCUCUUCCCAAUCGCCUACUUCAUCGCUCCCUACAUCUCACUAGCUCCAUCCACCAUUCCACCUCCAGGCCAAGCCAACGGCCCUUGGGUCUGGUUCUGGAUUAUCAUCGUGCUGUUCUUCCAAGUCACCGCACGAACCUUUACCCUUCCAACUUCCAUCAUCCUGCUGAACAACUGUUCGCCCCACCCAUCCGUUCUUGGAACAAUCCACGGUAUCGGCCAGUCCGUGUCAUCCGCCUUCCGAACCAUCGGCCCUAUCUUCUCCGGCGCGUGGUACGGAUAUGGCCUUGACGUCGGUAUGGUCGGCUUCGCCUGGUGGAUGAUCGCCUUGGUAUCCGUGUUUGGCUGUCUCGCCGCCAUCUUCGUUUACGAAGGCUCCGGGCAUGAAAUUCUCCUUCCCGGCGAGGAAGACGAGAUUGAGCAUGCCCAUUAG